GCAUAGUGAGCCACUGUACAUAAAGUCAGCCAGCACACUACUUGUGAUGCAUAGAAGAGCAACAUGGGCUCCCGUUCUGUGGCGUCCGGGGGAUGCAUCCACUCUUCUUCUCAAACCUUCCAAACCUCACUUCGCGUCGCCCGGCCCAAACUUGUAGUGAGGGCUUCAACUGUAGAUGUAUUCACAGCACCGCAGGCACAAACGUGGAGUCCCGCGCUUAAACCGGCGGACAGCGCGACUCGUGCGGUGGAACGCUCGCUUCGCGAGUGGAUUACAGCUCAUGGAGGCUUCAUCCACACAAGCAUUCGGCUUACGGACAACGCUCCAUGCGGGUGCCGCGGCGUUGUUGCCUCGUCACCGCUUACCCGCGAAGACGUGGAAGACCCUAUCCUUGUGGUCCCGGAGAACCUCUACCUGACCACCGACAACGCUCGCGCCUUUCUGCGGCCGCUGGACGAAAAGAUACAGCGCAGCAGCAGCAGCGGCAGCCGCUCCGCUCCAGCCUCCCAAGGCCCGGGUGCUGGCCUGCUCAGCGGCUUGAAGCUGCCGCUGUGGGGCGCGGGCGGUGCGCGCAGGCCCACUGACGCAAGCGGCAGCCAGGCCCUGCCGGCGGUGGCGCAGCUAGGGCUGCUGGUCGCGGUGGAGCGGGCGCGCGGCGACCAGAGCUUCUGGGCGCCCUACAUCCAGUCACUGCCGGCGGCGCCGUCCUGCGCCUGGGCGAUGCCGCCGCAGCAGCUAAAGGCGGCGCUGGUGGCGCUGGGGCCGACGGCGGAGGGCUGGGGGGCAGCGGUGGAGCGAGCGCGGGCUGGCGUGUACGGCAGGGCGGAGGCGGCUGUACGGAUGUACGGCCGACACCUUGAUGUGGAGCUGGACGUUGAGGACGUGGUGUGGGGCAUGGGGCAGGUUCUGUCGCGGGCGUACGGCCACGAGCCGGACCUAGGCCUGGCUCCCUUCAUCGACCUGUGCAACCACACGCUGGGAGCCCCACGACCCCGCGGCAUGACGCUCGAGGAAGCUCCGGAGGCAACUGGCGACCCGGUGCGAGAAGUGUCGUACGCGGUGGUUGAGAGCAGCCGGUACGGCGAGCCGUUGCCGUUGGCGGUUGGGGACGAGGUGUACGUCACAUACGCGGCGGACGGCGGGGACCCGCUGGCGGCGUUUUUGAACCUAGGGUUCGUGCCGCCGGAGAUAGUGCUGGAGGCGGGCAUGAGGGAGCCGCGGCGCCGCGGUCCCAUGUGCACAUAGGCAUUCCGGUUGUGGGGUUAUGUAGGGGUAAUAGGCUGGGCGACGGGUGUGUGAGUACUGGAGACGUGGCUGGAGAGCCAUUCAUGGGGGCGCAGCGGCGGCGUGAUUGGAGAGGCUGCUCAUGCGCGGGCUUGAGCUGCCGCAGCAGCUGGGGUGGUGGGCGUCCUCGUGGGCAAGCAUGGCGGCAACAGGUGAUUGAGGCGGCGUGGUUGAGGUGCGAGAGUGGGAAAGUAGAGAGGGGAUCGGAUCGAUGUUUGAGUGAGCGCAGUGGUGUGGUUAAUACACGUCCGUCACAGCAGUGGUACGGGAUACCGUCAUGCCAUGUUCGUGUGCACAGACGACCAUGUUGUACGAUGAUUUAGUAUCCGAAUUAAUGCUGUAGCAGCAAACGAACUAAAGCGCGGCACGUUCGUGCCAGAAUCAAGCGUCGUGGAGCAGGUGACAAUGAACUUGCGUGUCCCACAUGGAGAAAGGAGUGAACGCGGUGAUGAAGUAUGCUGGCAAUGAUUGAGUGGCGCUGAGAUGCGCAUGUGUGCUUGUGAGUCGUAAGGCGAAGGUGAGAUGUAGGGUGAGCAGAGGCGGCGCUGCUGCAGGAACUGGCCAUGUCGUCAAGAGCUGGUGCAGCUGCGAGCGCUUGAUUGAGGGAAAUGCGGAGAAGUGUGGACGAGAGUCGAGAGAGAAGUUGUGAGGUAUACAGGAACAGAGCGCGUGUGAUGAGAGUGGGGAGCUGCCUGGACUGGCAUGCAGCUGCUUGUGUGUGUUGGGAUUAAGGGCCCGCUCGCAG